AUGGCGAGCACCCCGCGCAGGCUGAAGUACCCCCCCACCCACCUCAUGACCGAGGGCUUCCUUGGAGCCUCCCACCCUUACACCAUCGCCAACCUGCGCUCCCUGGCAAUUGGAACUACAACGGGAUACAGGCUUUUCUCCUUAAGUUCUGUGGAGCAACUGGACCAGGUCCAUGAAAGCAAUGAAAUCCCAGAUGUUUACAUCGUGGAGCGUCUGUUCUCCAGCAGCCUUGUGGUUGUGGUCAGUCAUGCCAAGCCACAGCAAAUGAAUGUCUACCACUUCAAGAAAGGGACAGAGAUCUGCAACUAUAGCUAUUCCAGUAACAUACUGUCCAUCCGGCUGAAUCGUCAGAGGCUGGUUGUCUGCCUGGAGGAGUCAAUUUACAUCCAUAACAUUAAGGACAUGAAGCUUUUAAAGACUAUUUUGGAAACGCCUCCAAACACAACAGGUCUGUGCGCGCUCUCCAUCAACCACGCCAACUCCUACUUGGCUUAUCCCGGCAGUGCGACCAGCGGAGAGAUCGCGCUUUACGACGGAAAUACUUUGAAAACAGCCUGCACCAUUCCUGCCCAUGACGGGCCUCUGGCUGCUCUCGCCUUCAACUCCACCGGCUCCAAGCUGGCAAGCGCAUCCGAAAAAGGCACAGUCAUUCGUGUAUUUUCCAUUCCUGGUGGGCAAAAGCUGUAUGAAUUCCGGCGAGGGAUGAAAAGGUAUGUGAACAUAAGCUCUUUGGUGUUCAGCAUGGAUUCCCAGUUCCUCUGUGCUUCCAGCAACACGGAGACUGUGCACAUCUUUAAACUGGAGCAUCUCACUGACAGCCGGCCAGAAGAGCCUCCGACCUGGAGCGGUUACAUGGGAAAGAUGUUCCAGGCUGCUACCAACUACCUCCCUGCUCAGGUUUCGGGCAUGAUGAACCAGGAUCGCGCCUUUGCCACUGUCCGCCUGAACAUCUCCGGACAAAGGAACAUCUGCGCCCUCUCCACGAUUCAGAAGCUGCCUCGGCUGUUGGUGACUACGUCAGACGGACAUCUCUACAUCUAUAACCUGGACCCGCAAGACGGAGGGGAGUGUGUCUUAAUUAAGAAACACAGUCUGCUCAGCUCAGGAAAGAUGGAGGAGAACAAAGAAAACGACCUACGGCCUCCGUUACCUCAAUCUUACGCAGCGACUGUAGCCAGACAAAGCACAGUGCCUUCAACUUCGACCAUGCCAGGUUAUUCGGAGGACGGUGGUGCCCUGCGAGGAGAGGUUAUCCCAGAGCAUGAGUUUGCAACUGGACCAGUGUGUCUUGAUGACGAGAAUGAGUUUCCUCCUAUAAUCUUGUGCCGUGGAGGUCAGCCGGGCGAAGCGAAGAGGUCGUGAUGAGAAGCAAACAUCCGCGCUUAGGACAGCUGCUGGGAAGCGCUUUGGAAAAGCCAGGAAUUUCGAAGAACAGAUUUGUGAGUCCCCAAGGAGAGAAAAAAUAAAAUACAAGGUGGGCCACUGCUUUUUUCCUACGGUUUGUUUAGGCGAGUGCCUGGCCCCGUUAGCCCCUUGUUUUAAUUGUGUCCGGGUGGGUGUCAACGUACUGUAUGCGCAUCGCUGCGUUUAACAAACUCUGUUAGAACCACAGUGUAAAUGCUAAUUUAAUCAGAUUUGUAUGUAACCAGAAUUUUAUAUACCCGUUUGUCCCUUUUCUAAUUUAUGCCGGUUUAUGUGUAUAAAUGUACUUAGAGGAAGAUAUAUUAAACUUAUGUCUUUGUACAGUAUAUACAUCCUAUUUUACCCAGGCAAAGUAUUUUUGCAGUGAUAUUAGAGAUGCUGUUUGCUGUGUUGGAAGAGAAUAAAGUCAGGGUCUGGCCCUGGCA